AUGCGCUACGGUAAGGAGGCCGAGCUUACUCUAACUAAUACCUUUAAAGACGCGGAUUUAGUUAAGGUUAAAAAGAACUUAUAUUAUUACUUCACAUGCGCUAAGUUAACUAAAUACCCGAAGGUACCGGGGGCUAUACGGGCGCCGAAGUAUACUAAAUAG